AUGGCCAAGACCAUCGGUUUCAAUUUCAACUUCCUCGACGUCGGUGGUGGAUUCCCCGGUUAUGAGACUGAAGGAAAACAAUCAUUAUCUGACAUUGCCAAGGCAAUUAACAAUUCACUGGAAAAAUAUUUCCCCGAUGAGGAAAAUGUUGAAGUGAUUGCACAGCCCGGCCGUUACUAUGUACAGUCUGCUUUCACUCUUGCAGUACGGGUAAUAGCUAGACGGGUGGAGCUGCUUGACCCACAACACUACCGGCCAAAAGAUAGAGAUGACACACAGAAAACCUUUAUGUACUACCUCAAUGACGGCCUCCACGGUUCCUUUAACGUCCAUAUUUUGUUUGAAAAACAUGCACCAGAUUUUUAUUUACUUGAGAACAAAGACUCUAUGCCAGUGUCCCAAAGCAGCUUAUGGGGACCAACGUGCAACCCCUAUGACUGUAUAACACAAGAAAUAGAACUGCCCGAGCUGGACAUCGGAGACUGGUUGUACGUGCCGAACAUGGGGGCAUAUACGACUGUCCUCGUGUCUUCUUUUAACCGGAUACCGACGCCAAUAAACCUCUGGAUUGCUUCAGACAGAGUGAUUUGUGAACUUGGUUAUCACAGUGAUAAACAUCUGAUUGUUGACAAGAAUGAGUAA